CUUGCCAGGUUUUUUGCCGGGGGGUCGGAGCGCAGUGGGCAGCAGAUCGUAGGGCCUCCCAAGAAGAAGAGCUCCAAUGAAGUGGUGGAGGAUUUAUUCAAGGGGGCCAGAGAACAUGGGGCUGUGCCACUGGACCGGCCAGGGAGGGGGCCAGGAGAGACCAGCAAAGCCAAGGCCUUUAUCGGUGGGGGCUACAGGUUGGGUGCAGCUCCUGAGGAGGAGUCAGCCUACGUGUCCGGAGAGAGGCGCGGCCCUAGAAGCCAGCAAGAUGUACACGUGGUGCUGAAGCUGUGGAAGACAGGCUUCAGUCUGGAUAACGGUGAUCUCAGAAACUACAGCGAUCCUGGAAAUGCCAACUUCCUCGAGGCCAUCAGAAGAGGGGAGAUUCCCCUGGAGCUGAGGCAGCGGUCCCGGGGGGGCCAGGUCAACCUGGACAUGGAGGACCACAGAGACGAGGACUUCUCCAAACCCAAGGUGGCCUUCAAGGCCUUUGGCGGCGAAGGACAGAAGCUGGGAACGUGAGACUGAUGAGCUGUCUUGUUUAUUAGUUGAA